AUGAGAGCACAUCUCAUCGCCCUCACAGGGCUCAUCUUCAGCCCCCUACCCACUACCGCAGACCAAAAUAUCAAGGUUGAUGGCGUCGCAAACCCUGACUUUGCCUCUAUCCCCAACCUGUCUGGCUUCCUCAAUCAAGCUGUUGUUCCUCUGGAAGAAGCCUCUGAAACACCCAGCACACCUCGCCAUGUUGAAGCAAACAAGAAAUUGACCAAGGCUAUGGCGAAGGGAUGGGGGAACUGGAAUGCCCAUCAUCCCAGACAUCGACUGCUAGAUGCCUUGUACGGAUAUAGUAGAUACUAUGAACGACAAAAGGCUGAGCUUGGUCGAUUGGAGGGUCUCUAUAAACAUGUUUCAAAGGCUCAAAAGUCUCUACUAGAGCACUCAGUUCAAUACUCCAAGAAAUUCACUCGCAUUGAUAAUCUUCUCAAAAAGAACCAAGAACUCUGCAACAGAAUCGUGCAAUACGCAAUGCACUUCUACGGCAUUGAUCAUGAUGAACUCAACAAGCACAUCCAAAGCCUUGAAGUAUCAGGGAAACUUGCCGACAAAAUCUCAGUCUCUCAAGCCUUGAAGCAUUACGUUCGUGACUGGACCGAGACAGGCGGCGCUGAAAGAAAAGGCACAUUUUCGUGUCUGACCAAAACACUAGAGAGCUUGUUCCCUGAGAGAAAAGGGGAAACGCCAGUGAAGGUUCUUAUUCCUGGUGCUGGACUGGGAAGAUUGGGGCAUGAUAUUGCAAGACUUGGGGGCUUCGACGUAACCAUCAACGAAUGGUCCAUGUACAUGAAUGUAGCAUAUCGCUUCCUCGAAGCCAACCGCUCUCAAAACUCACACUCCCUGCACCCCUUCAUCGAUGGCUGGUCUCACCACGCCACCGAAUCCAACAUGGUUCGCCCUCUUUCCUUUCCAGACGUGACCCUUAACUCCACGUCUGUGGUCCUCAUAGAAGGUGACUUUACAACUGUGUUUUCCACACCAGGUGAAUACGAUGUUGUAGUCACAUACUUCUUCAUCGACACGGCACGCAACCUAAUGAGCUACCUCGACACGAUAAAAAAGGUGCUCAAACCAGGUGGUCACUGGAUCAACCUCGGACCGUUACUUUACGGUACAGGGCCAUUUGUGCAGUUGAGCUUGGAGGAAAUCUUGGUGUUUUGGGUGGCGAGGAGGUCUAUGAAGCCUUAA